UUUGGAUAAUGUAUGUUCGGAGCAAUUACUGCAGACUUUCGUGAAGAAACAUGUUCAGCAAAAAAAUUCACGCAGACGUCAAGAAGUCGACUCAGAAAGUCCAGGAUUUGAAGAAAGAUUCUGCUACACGUUUGAAGCAUCUCAGAAUUGUACUGGAACAUGUCGAUGUCGAGGAGGCAAAAACUUUCUUUGAGAGCAAUUUCAGUCACAUCUACUGCAUCCUUUAUGACAGUUUUGUAGCAGCUGAAGCAAAUCUGAAGCAGAGAGAGUUGUCUUUCCACUUAGUUCACAAGGCUCACAGAGAGGAACUGGAAUUCGUGCUGUUGAUACUGGAGAAAGUGCUGGUGCUGCUACCUGAACUCAUCUCAGGACGAUGGCAACUACACAGCCUCACGCGCAUCCUUAGUAAACUCCUGCAUCCUGGAAAUUCUUACAAAUUGCGCAGAGAAGCAAUCAGGUAUUUUCUCUUAUGGUAUCAAGCACUGGGUGAUAAUGCACCUGACAGUCUGCAUGCCAUUUUUGCAACAUUAGUACCUGGUUUCCCAUCACCAUUCCCAGGGAUGGGGCUUCCUGCAUUAAGCCACAACUCUGCUUCUGUGUUUCAUGAUGCAACUGCAGGUCCUGUAUGUCCUGUGGAAAUACAACCACUGUUGUCUCCACAAAGUGGGGAGAAGCAGCCAGAAGACCCUACUCGGUUUUUCCUUGACGCGUUACUGGAGUUCAUGGUGUCCCAGGUUACAAAGGUGGAAUGGAGGGACCGUGUUAAUAGGCAGCAUAAAUGUUUCACAUUUCUGUUUGAACGUUUCAAGCAGUAUUACUUGCCACAUAUCUUCCCAGAGUUUUCUCAUAUGACAAGUCUAUACAAGCCCGUUUUAGAAGUACCCUUGAAGAAGCGUGCGUGUCCUGCUCCUGUGGAGACAGCUGAUGGUAAAAAACGAACUGACCCUUUCAUUGCCUGCCGUGUUGCUGUGAUCAGAUGGGUUGCCAUUUUUACACAUAUCACAAAAAAAGGAAGUGAACACACAUUUGUCCCAGCUCCAUCCAGCAGUGUCUCACCGAAUGAGGAAACAGACCGUUCACCAGGGACAGAGCUCAGACGUGUCAGUGUGAGUCAAGCAGGCUCGAACCAUGAAGCACAGUCUGCUGUGUCGCCAUUAUCAGAUUCAAAUCAUUCAUCAGCAUUUUCCCAGGCAGAAGGUGGACACACAGUUACUGAAGAUCCAAACUCUGCAGCCAUUAACUUGGUGCGUGAAGUGCUGUAUAGUACACGUGAAAACGUUAACUUUGUGCAUGAAGUCUACAGACAAGCAUUUCUGCUCAAUUUCACUCAUUCGCCUGCUAUACGCAAGGCCAUAGCUGUCUAUAAGGACUGGAUUCAAAUGAAUGUCCCAGAACUCCCUUGUUUUAUGCUGGAGCCACUUGAGAGCCACGUAAAAAACAGUGGACCACCAUCCAAUGAAUUUAGUUCCUUAGAGAGCACAGAAAGUCCUGAAUCGUACAGAGUGACUCGCCUAAGGAAUGAUUCAUACCUUGGAGCCAUUCACAAGGAGAACUUGUUGGUACGGGCUGGUUUACAGAAUUUGCUACAGUUAUUCAUUACACAUGCAGCAAAUGUGUUUACGUUGGAGCUGAGUCCUGAUUAUCCACUCCUUUUGGAGGAACAAGUGGAUACAUGUAAGCGUGUCCUCAAUAUAUACCGGUACAUGGUGAUGCACACCCGUAUGGAAGCUCGUACUUGGGAACAGUUACUGGUGGUUCUCCUGCAAAUCACAUCACUCAUUUUAAGCAAAACACCCCCAAAACACAAGGAAGAGACCCUUGGUGGAAAGCUAGCCCCAGCAAUUUUCCAGACACUAAUAGUGACAUGGAUAAAAGCUAAUUUAAAUGUGGUUAUCUCUGCUGAUUUGUGGGACCAGUUCUUAGCAGUUUUGUCAUCCCUUACACAAUGGGAAGAACUCAUUCGUGAAUGGGCAAAAACAUUGGAAACACUGACACGUGUUUUGGCACGCCAUGUCUAUGGCUUGGACCUCACGGAUUUGCCACUUGAUCGCCUGACAGAGCAAAAAGCCAAGAAACGGCGCGGAAACAGACAACAGAGUGUAUGUGAGAAUAACCAGAACCAGGGCCACCCAACACAUCCAGCGUCUCAGCCAGCUCGCAACAGUGUUUCGUAUUCAUCUGGCCAAGGAUCAAUGCGAGCAAGUUCUAUUCCACCACUGGCAGCAUCCAGUACACCGUGUCAUGACCAAAGCUCUAGUGAUGGUCCCGCCAGCUUCAACACAACAGCUUCUGAGUUGUCAAGUGGAACGUUUCAGCAACACAAUCACUCUCAUUCACACCACCACCAUCAUGGUAUACUGGGAAGUAGUCCUAGUCCAGAUAAACGUCGUAGUGGGUACCACGGACUGCACUUACGUAGUGUUAGCGAGGGAAAUUUAUCAAGUGCUGUUGCACAUCGCCAUCGCCACAAGAGUAGCAGGAUGGUAGAUUCUGGGCGUCACUGUGGAAGUCGAGCUGCUCCAGUUGUCAUUCCAGUCUUACCUCUUUGUGUGGAAAGAGAAGUGGCCCGAAUCAUUGCUCAUUCAGGUGACACAAAUUACUCACAACGUACGUACCCAAAAACCCGGAUUCACAAGUCACGUUCCAUGGAUUCUCUUCGAAGUGCCAGAGCAGGAACACCAUUCCAGUACUCUGAGUCAGAGGGUCCAACAAGAUCCCCCUCUCCCGCUCCAUCGAGUGGAGUUGAAAGCAAUUCAAUCAAAGAUUCGCCCAUGCAGAUUGAUGUAAUAAGUGCAGAUGGUACAAGUUUAGAUCUUCAAGAGACUAGUGGCCGAACUUCAGUAAUGGCAGGAGGAACAGUGCGUGGCUGGUUGCCUGAUGUGGCUGUUGUAUUAUGGCGCCGUAUGUUGGGAGCUCUUGGAGACGUCAAUCAGAUUAGUUCACCUGUGCUACAUGCUCAAGUCUUUGAUUACCUGGUAGAGCUGUCUGAUACACUAAUAAAAAUUCGGAUGAACCAAGGUGUGUCUGUAGACGGCCUGUGCACACCACCUCCUCCAGAUUUAAUACCACCUCUAAAAAUUAUUGCUCCUUGGUGUUUCAAGGCCCUGUCAUUACCAGCAAACUAUGCGCGCGGAAAGUUGAGUGCCUUGAGGUUGUUAUGCCAGAUGACAAUGACUCACCAAGACAUUCCAGUUCCUCAUGAUCAUGUUACUCACUUCUAUAAGGUGUUACACCAUGGACUUAUUGGCACUGAACAGGCUGUUGUCAACACAAUAGUGCAAUAUUGCGGACCUCGUUUCUUUUCACUGAUGUUACCAGGCUAUUCACUGCUAAUGUAUGACUUUAUUCAUGCAGCCAAUACUGUUUUAUCUUCGAAUGAUAUAGCAACUGCUCCUCGGACUGAGGCAGCUUCCAUAUUGGGCACUCUGCUUUGCUUGUCCAGCACCUUCCCAGAACUACCAGUACUUCAGCCCACAGUAAAGGAGUUCAGUGUGAGAUCGUGUGUCGAUGCCAAGGAUCACAUUGUGCCUAUUUUACUAAGAUGUGGGAAAAGAGAACCAACAGGUUUGGCUCGUUGCAUUGCUCUUUCAAGCUUGGGCAUUUAUGCGUAUCAAGAAUUGAGCCAUGGCACAUGUCAUCCUCGCAUAAAAGAUGCAGUCAAUGUGUUGUUGCUUGCAUUAAGGUUCAAUAACAAGACCGUGGCACUGGUUGCCUCUGAUGUUCUUGUGGCAUUGUCUGAUCAUGCAGCUCACUUACUUGAAGUCUUUCCAGAGAUACCUUUACGAAUUAUUGAGGUGUUAGCUCUUACAUUGUCGCAGCUGGCUCCACGUCAACAAAAUAAGGAGAGUUUAUCUGGUUCCAGUUGUGUUUUACUUACAUCACUUAUGUUUUGCCUUGGUGAGUGGUGCAUGUGUGUACCAAUUCCACAAUUAGUGGCUCAUGGUCGAAACUGUUUGCUGCUUACAGUUUUCAAGGUUUUAAGUCAGUUGCAGAGUGGAAAGGCACAUGCAACAGAAAGUGAGACACCACCUAUACCAGAGUCCGCAGACUACGAUUUGGAUAUAAAAUUAGAUAAUCUCCGCGAAGAAUCUGCACCACCUCAAAUACCACAAGAGCCACCACCUCUUGGAUCAGCAGAGCAACCCAUUCAACUUGCUGCAAAAAUGGUAUUAAUGCAUCUUGUAAAUCACCUUGGCCACUUUCCAAUGGGCAUAGGGGCAGCUCGAUUGUCUUCAAUGGUAGUUGAACAAGAUGAUGUACCAGGCCUUUCUGCUGAUGAGCUCAGUGCAGAAGUUUUUUCUGCCCCAAAUAUCCAGUUGUUUGUGUUAAGUAGCCGUUUGCUAGUCUCGCUGGUCGAGCUUCCUACUCUAGAUGUCCCUGGUGGGGGAGUGACGGCUGGCCUCCGUACUGCUCUCUCCCAGGUGCGCGUCAUUUUACGCGAUCUUGCUGGUAAGGCCAGCUGGGAUGCGUCAAUCUUGUACUGCUCUCCAGAUUAUGAGAGGACUGCAGAUUUUAGUAUAGUGGAGCAAGGUACUGAAUCCAGUGCACAGUGGGGAAAUUCAGUUCAUCCUGAAAUGUUGUCUAGUCUUGUUAUAAGUUCUCCGCCACAGCACACUUUACGCCACCGUCCACCUCAUCAGUUACCUACUUGGGAAGAUGGUGCUGAUGAUAUGGAUAAUUUGGAUGACCUUCUACAAUAUCUUGGGCACACUAGUCCAGAAUGUCUCGAGAGCCUCGAUACCCCACGGAACAUUCCAGCAUCACCACCACCACAGUUCACUAGAGAACUGGAAGAAGAGAGCAUGACCAGUGUCUUAGGCCAAAGAAAUAUUGAGAGGGAUUUUUUGCAGAGACCUCUCAUAUCGCUGGGGAGUGAGCCGUGUGCUGCAGCAGUGCACUAUCCAACAACAGCACCAUUUCAACAUUGUCGGUUGUUGUUCUCACAGCUAGGACUAGCUGGAUGGGAACGAAGAUCGCAAUUGCAAUUGCUUGCAAAGAAUGAAAAACUGCUUCGGGAACUAAGAAACCUUGACACUCAGCGCUGUAGAGAAACACACAAAAUUGCUGUAAUAUAUGUAGCUGAAGGGCAAGAAGAUAAAAAUUCAAUCCUGUCAAAUACAUGUGGGAGCCAGGCAUAUGAAGAAUUCAUUUCCGGUCUGGCAUGGGAGGUGGAGUUGGAGUCGCACACUGGUUUUUUGGGUGGACUGCAACGAAAUAGAAGUACUGGUGAAACAGCUCCCUAUUAUGCAACUUCUUUUCUGGAAGCUAUUUUCCAUGUGGCAACACGUAUGCCAUCGUCAAGCCAAGAAUCUUUGUUACAGAAGAUGCGUCACCUUGGUAACGAUGAAGUACAUAUUGUAUGGUCAGAGCAUAACAGGGAUUACAGGCGUGGAAUAAUUCCAACAGAAUUUUGUGAUGUUCUUAUUGUCAUCUAUCCUUUGCUGAAUGGAUUGUACCGUGUACAAGUCAAACGGAAGCCUGAUGUUCCAUACUUUGGACCACUCUUCAAUGAAGCAAUAGUUGACAGUAAAGUGCUUCCGGGCUUGGUGAGAGCAUCUGCAAUUAGUGCCAGUCGUGCCAAGCGGAGUAUGCUUCCUUUUUACCAGAAUUAUUAUGAAGAACGUUCCAGAUCACUGGAGACAGUAGUAUGCAACCACAGGGAGCCAACUACAUUUGAGGAGUUUGCUGCACAGGUCUACUCUCCAGUGCAAACACCAUCACCGUUUUGUGGAGGACCAACACGUUCCUCAGGGACAUCACUGAGCUCUCGUAGUCCUGAACCAAGCUGUUCGUCUGCACCAAGUUCAACACUAGCAGCGGCACUAUUGGACUCCCACCACCACUGCAGUGGCAGUCCAUCAGAUUCAAGGAUUCGAGGAGCUGAAAGUAUUAGAGUCUGGUUUGCAGGCAAUGAAGUGGCAUCUGCAGCUGACAGCGGACUUCACGGCAUAUCACCAAGACCAUUAAAGAAACUAUCUUUCAAGACUACAGCAAGGAAGUCUCUAGCUGUUCGCUGUGAAUCUGUUUCUCUUACUCCACCUGACAGCCCCACAACUCGGAAAACAAAGUAAAAGUGAUAAUGCCCACUAAAUAUAAUUUUAUAACUUGACUCGUCAACGGUGUGCUUGUAUAUGUGUGUACGCAUGUUUUAAAGGACUGGUUCUUUUGCACUAAGUGAUGACCAAGAGUUAUUUAGGAAUGUCGACUGUCUUGACACAAACUUUAAAUGAAAAUGCAGAAGGUACACAGAAAGCAUCAGCAUUCUUAUUUACUAGGUGCUAUUUAGUGUGUUGUUUCUCAGGGAUGUCAAUAAGGACUGCUGCCUCUUGUAUUGAGGAUUUAAGUAAGUUUCUGGACACACUGUUAAUAACAACUUGGUGCAUUUGUGUUAUUGUACCAGCAAGAAAGUGCCUGAUCUUUCCAUACUGGAUAUCGUUGGAAUCUACUGAAACUUUCUCACACAUUGCCAGAAGCUCAGUGAGUUGCACUGUUUACUUACCACGCAAUGAAAGAUACAAAAGUUGGUUGCUCAUCACUUGUGAUUAGUAUUUGUCAUUAACAGGUGUUAUUUAAAGCUCUACAGAUAAACAAACACUUGGAAGAAGAAAGAGCACAUUAUCAAAAUGGGAGUAUCAAAGGUAUCCCAGUAGUUGGCAUAAAACUUACCUCUUUGUCAGAUGCUUCAAAACCUUAAGUGUCUUACAUAGGAAACAUAUAUUGUAAAUUACUUUACCUACAGACGAGAGUUCCAAUCUCCUGUGUAGCAAGCAGCAAGAGUGUCAAAUAGUAUUUUUUAACAUUUUCUGCAUGUACUUUUAAAGAGAGAAUGUAAUAUCUUUGACUUAACUUUACAAAGAACUUACAUUAUCUCAGAUUGUAUUCAUGAAUUUUCUGUGGCUGUAUCAAUAAUUCUUCUUUCUCUUUUAGAUUUUACUUGACAAGCACUUAUGUAGAAAAAGCAGCUAAGCACAACUACUUAUAAAUGUAUAUUUUUUUUUUGAUUAUUGGUGAUAAAACAGUUUAAAACUCUGUAGAUAUUGAAACACUGAAGAAGAUCAAUAGAGAUAUAUAAUAACUGUAGAGUGACCCACAACUACUAACAGCACUGCAUAGUAACACCAGUAAAAUAACAUCACUAAUACUUUAUAAUUAUCUGGAGGCACAGUAUGCAGUUUGAUCGCUAAAGCGUGACAGACAUUAACUCAUAAUGCCUUGUGACUGAAGGAGUUCAAAUAAUUUUGAGCAUUAUUAAGGUGCCAUUUCACUGCUAAUGGUUAAUAUUUCACAUCCAGGAAUCUUUUCUGUGGGAAAAGAGCGAAAGGAAUGAAUAAUAAAUAAUUAAGAUGAGGAAUACACAUCCCCACAACAAAGUUAAUGAGAAUAUUGGAUAGAUGCUGAAGGUCACAAACCAUAAUGAGAAAUGGACAUGCAGCGUGACUGACUUGGCAGUUCCAAGUUGUAUCAGUUCCUCAUUAUAAUUAUCAUUUACUUUCAAAUCUUGGCGAUAGUAAAGGAGAUGAAUGUUUUUCUUUUGAGUAAAAGUUGGCAGAAUGUACUACAAUUCUCGUAGAUAUAAAAGGGAAAAGAUAUUAUUGUAGAAUAUGGUGCUAUUUGGGAACAUUUAAACACUGUAUUUACAAUUUUUGAGAACUGUGUUGGCAACUGUGGGCUACAGAUAUAACAGUAAUAAAUAACUUUACUUGUAGAUUGUUCCUGAAGCUCAUAAUAGCAACACAAGUAAGUAUGUGGUGAUUAUCUGAGUGGUACUGUUUACAAACGCAUCCAGUGCACCAUAAGAACACUUUCCUUCUGUGGCCAACAAUGAGGAACAUGUCAGGAAAAAUACAUUUCCUUCUGUGGCCAACAAUGAGGAACAUGUCAGGAGAAAUACAUUUCUCAUUGUCAGCUGUACAAGAAAUAUUCUUCUGUGAUCUCAUUUCACAGUAGUGUGAAAGAUAACUUUGUUUGCCAUGAUUCCUGCAACUUGGACCUCGCAAAAUGUUAUUGUCAACUGUUAAUCAUCAACUUUUAAUUGUAGUUAAAACUUUAGCCUUGAAAUUUUUCUGGCUGUAGUGAUAAAAAAAUCCUUGCAGCAUUUAAUGAAACUGUGAGAGCUUUAUGCAUUUCUCUAGUUAUGGCUCUUGCCUUAAAGACACUAAAAACUCACUUCCUGCCACUUUCGGUUCUGAAUUGAGUCAUCUACAAACAUGAACUUCACAGCAUAGCAUCCCAUGUCAUGGAGACAGGCUGGUAGUAACAACACUAACAGUGCGUGUGUUUCAUAUCAUUUGUGUAAUAACUUUCAGAGUCAUAAUUCUUCUGUGACUUGUACAUUAGAUUACCCUUCAACCAAGCCACCACUCUUUUUUUUUUUUUUAGUCCUUGUUGCGCACUUUGCUUUUAUAUGAUAUGUAUACAUCGCCAUCUCCUUUCUUUUAAACAGUUUUCUGAUAUUUGUGCAUUAUGUAGUCAAAUCAUUGUUGUGGUGGCGUGAAAAAUAUGUUAGUCCAUGAAUUCUGUGACACACUGUGGAUAACUGGAGUCAGCCUAUCAGCAGUCCUUUACUUUUGUCUUGCAUGCAUCCUUAUUAAAUUUAUAAUUCGCAACAACAAAACCUACAUUGCUCAGUAGCUCAGCAGCCAUUUUUUCCCUGUAGAUGCUCAAUUAAUUCGUCACCAUCUUCAAAGUCUAUAUCAAAAGAAAAAUAAAAGUACUGUUGUAAUGGAAAAUAUUCACAUUGUUUUCAUAUCGCCUUAAAGUUGACAUUUAAAACAGUAGCAUGUUGGUUAUGUUCAGAAAUGUGUUUAUCAUGUUAAACUGCCAAUAAUACUGAAUUCUGUACGGAUUUCUUUUGUAGAUGGAAGUUUGUGGGGGGUAUUGCAUAUGCUUCAUAGUCUUCCUUUGAUCACAAUCCUCAGUUCACAUAACAGCACUUGUGUAAAUGUGAAGUGCUAUUAUUAAAUUCUUUUUGAUGAAUUAGAUAUGAAAAUAUUCUUACUUUCCCCAUCACCCUCUUCAUAUCAUGAGCAUACAUCAUUAUGACAGUAUUUAUAGUGCUUAGUGCACGUUGGAAAGGAUGGUAUAAAGAUAUAAGCCAUGAUGCUUAUUAUGAUAUAAGAAGAAUGUAGUGUUGUUUGCAUAGUCAGUACUGCUUUGUUGAGGUCCUUGUGCAGUUAUUUCACGUAGUUACUUAUCAACUGUAGCUUCUUGCAUGUUUUGUGCACAGAAUACAUUGACCUGUGAACUUCGUGUCACUUACAAAAUAUACUGAAAGUGACAACUAUGUAAAAAUAUUUUUUCCAUUAUAAUUUGAGGGAUUUGAAACUACCUUUUUAUUCAGUUUUUGCAUUGAAAGUGCACUUUUUAUCAUGAAAUUUCAUUUUACAAAUCAUACUUAGCAAAAGUAUAUUACAAACUGCACAGGGACAACCAUGGCACUUUUCACCCAUAUUUAGGUCCUCAUAUCUUGGAAUUUAACAACAGAUGUACUAUAGGUGUUCAGUUCUUUCAUUCUGAAAUACAGUCACAUACCUCUGAAUUCAGUUCACAGACACUAAGUCUGUGGACUUCAUGCUUUAGCAAUGCUUCUGCAUUGUUAUAUUUCGCAUUGUGUUAUGAAGGUUAUACAGUACACAUCAGAACUGAGAUGUUAGUUGUUUACAAGUUUCAAACAUUCAACAGUGCUAUUGCCAUCCCAGCUCUGACCAGCAUUGAGUCUUUAUUUUUAAAAGUUAAGAACUCAUUCUGCCUAAUUUUCUUUUAAGGAAUAUACUUUUGGUUUUCAUUAGUCAAGUUGUAUUUAAAAACUAAUCGAAGAUGUAGGCUGCAAAAUUGCUGUACUCUAACAGAUAUAGAAAUUUUUAUUGUUCUACAAGCUUGUGGAAUUACUUUUGACUAUACAUUGCCAAUAUUUUAUGUCUGCUGUAUACCGAGGGCUGAGCCAUAGGAUACACUGUGAUUUUUGUGUUGUUAACAAAAAUUCCAAUAGAGUUUUGUUGUUGAACAUGUGUUUAUUACAAGUAAAAAUAAGAAGAGAUAGGGCUGGGCUGAGAACGAGUAUCUCUUCUCAUACCUAGCUUCGAUGAGAACUCUUCGUACUAUCAUAAUUUUUUUAUUAACAGUAUCCAAUGUACUGUGUGUUUUCACAGUGGGUGAAAGUAUUGCUUUCUGUCUAAGAUGAAGUGCACUUAAAUUUCAUUAAGUUUUGGUGACUGACAGUGAGUGAUUGUAACUGAAUGUGACACCCCAAUUGUCAUGCAUAGAAAAUAUUUAAAAUCAUAAACUUUUGUAUACUUUCCCUCCAGUAUACUGUAUUAUUCGCAAAUUAUAUACUAUGAAGGUAAUUUGCAUGAUCUCACUUGCCCCUUUAUUUGCUUAUAUUAUGCUUCUUAAUAUUGUUAAAGGGUUGUUGUAUUAUACAUUCCAUGAAACUUAUGUGCAUACUUUAACAGACUUGCUUUGAAUAUUAUUAUUCUAACAAGUUAAUUAGAAUAAUACAAAAUAAGAAAGACUUUGACUGAUUAACUAAAAAAAUAUCUGUAUCACUCAUCCAAAAAAUGAACCAAUGAAUGACAAAUAGUGAUGCAACUUCAUGUCACAGUACUACUCAGUAACUAUGUGAACUCCACUUGUCGCCCAAUGAUAGAGCUAUUUGAACCAUUGUCCUUAUAACAUAAAGUUAUGGUUAUGUGAUAUUCUUUCUGAAAAUGUGAUCAGUAAUGUGCACUACAGUUAAAAUUGCUUUUAGUAAGGUAAAACUAAAUUUGUAUUAUUUAUACAUUUAGCAUAUAUAUAUAUAACACAGUGUAAUCAAACAGUAUUCAUAUGUUAUUUAUUUAUGUAGUAACAUUUAUUUGGUUUUAUUUAUUCCUGUAUUUAUUUAUUUAUUUGUUCAGUUCAUAUAUUUGUAUAUAUUGACAAACAAUUAAGCAGUAAUGUUAUUUGUGGUCUGUGACUUGCACCAUUACGUUGUGUGUGUAUAAAAUAAACAUUUAUAGUUCAUAUGUUUUUGUUUGUUAUGACAAACUAUUUACGUAUUUUUGACAGUGUUGCUGCAUUCCAUAAAUUAACGCUCUGUUAAUAUAACAUAUAAUUGUCUUAUUUAAACUUCAUUGGUGCUGUCAUUCUCUGCUGUUUUCCAUAUUGUCCUCUUUUUCACUGUUAUAUGAAUAUGUACUUAAUUGUGUAGUGUAAAUAAUAAUCUUUUUGGAAGACUUCAUGAUGUAGGUGUUUAUGUAUAUAUUUAGCAAUUGAACUACAGUCUCAAAAUCUGUGAAUAUUUAAAGUAAAAUUAUGUUACUGUGUUUGACUGUGGCACAUUUGUGAUAUAAAAAUUGUAACUGCUGUUAUCCUGCCUCUGUUUUCUUUCCAUUUGAAGGUUUUAUGAAAGAGGUUUUUUAUUGACAAAAUACAGUUGGGUUUCCUGACGUACUUGUGACAACAAGUAAUAUUGAAGAUAUUUCAUUUCAAGUAUAAAAGGAAAUAAGAGAAUUUUUGAAAUUCCUUAAUUAUAAAUCACAGUACAAGUUCAUUUCAAAUUUUAUAAUAAAAUGUACAUCAUAUUUCUUAACACACAUUAGAAGUGUGAGUCUGUAAACCAGUUUCAGCACUGAUGAUUUUUGCUAUUAAUAGUAGCUGUUCUAUUGAGCAGGUACUGUUAAGACACUUCUAUGCAAUAACAGAGACAAAACAUGAUUUUUAUCAGUGAAGUUGAAUGGCAGGUUAAAGUUUCUCUAGUGGAUAAAUAGCUUUGAAAUCAAGAAAAAUCAGCAUUGUUAAUGUUUGGAGCCAUACAAUUUUGCCAGUAUAAAUUUUUAAACAACAGAAUUCGUGUGAUGGAUGCUUUUUUGUGGGCAUUUAUACAAAAUAUUAUUUUGUCAGUUUACUGAUUUUGAAAACAACGAUGAGCCUUUAUAAGAUUGUUGAAUAUUUUCUGUAUUAUAGUGUUUAAGAAAAGUUAAUUAUUGGGAAGUAUUCACAUUAAGCUAGAUGUAAGUACAAAUAACGCCAUUAAUGGAAAGAGACACAGUAAUCUAAUACAGUACAGGAAAACAUUAUGCUUGUGAUCAGACAAAAUAAGUGUAAAUGGCAUUUUAAAAUAAGGUGCCAUGAAUGUCUUUCAUUUGCUGUCUGACUGCAUUGCAAGUAAUGUUCUUAUUUUACACAAUAAAUUAUGGCUAUGUUUCAUAAUAAUAAAGUAGUUUCAUUUACAAGUGAGUUUCUAAUAUUAUAGUUCAUUGACUGUGAUGAAAUCAUUAUGAGGCGUAUAAAAUCUUUACAUGUAGUGACCUUCUUGCGCACAAUCAGUUACUGUACUUAAGAUCUUUGUCACUGUGCUUUUAUAUCCUUCUGUUAUUUAUAGAAUGUACAUAUAAACUACACACUUUGUAA